GAUUUUGGUUUUGGGUUUUGAUUCUGUUUGGUUUCUGAGUAGAGAAAGUGGGGAUUUUUUUUAAGGUUAGGGUUUGGUAAUUUCGGGGAGGAGAAUGAUGGAAGUUGAGAGAUGAGGUCUUUUAGAUGCUUAGUUGGUGUUUGGUUGCUGAGAAAGUGCAUGAAAGUGCGGGAAAAUGGGAGAAAGUAGAGGAAAAUGGAAUUUUGUCUUUUAGCUUAGCUGUUGUUUGGUUUGGUUGCUAAUUGAAUAGUGGAAAUGCUUUUUCUCCUUUAGUUUAAGAUCUGUUUUGGUGAUACAGAUUAAAGUCAGCCAAACAAGGCCUUCACUUCCUUUUUGGGAUAUUAGACUAUUAAUGAAGUGAAGAAUUUUACCAAAUUUUGAGAUUCAAAAUUUUGAUUUUUGAUUUUGUAUUUAUUGCUACUGUUACUAAGAUUUGAUAGUGACAAAAAGGACGGUCUAACAUUUGGCUUCGUGUCAAGUUUGUGGAAGUUUUACUUGUAAAAGGUAUAUUGAUGUAGUAGUGUGGGUUUAGUGGAGAAUUUUGUAGACUUGGGUGAUGUGAGUUGGAUUUAAUUGUGAGCUAGAAGAUGCUCAUUUUUUCGGUAGAAAUUCGAAGUUUGUUUUAUAAUAUUUGGUUGGUUAUGUGUCUCAACGAUUAGAUAUUACAUAUGGGUCUGCUCAUGUUUGGACCUUAAUAAGAUUCUGAUGCUUUCUAUUACAAUACUCUUUGUGUUGGCUCGUUGAUUUCCAGGUGGAGUGUUGUGCGGAAUAUGGCUUUUGGUUUAAAAUUCUUAAACUUUUUCCUUUUAUAAUGCCCAGUUUUGUUUUUUCACAUAAUGAUGAAUCUUCCCUUUUGUUGGUGGAGCUGGUUGGCCUUUUUGUUUUUCAUUUAACAUUGUUGUCGGUUGUACGAAGAACAUUUCCAUUUUGUAUGUCGAAUAUGGAAUAAAUGCCUUUGGUGACGAGGAGUGGAUUAUAUUACACUUGUUAAAUUUGCUGUGAUGACAAUAAGAAAGAGUAGGCUAGGUUGUGCUAGGAAGCAUAUGGGUCAAGGCAAAGAGGAGAUAUGUGAUUGCGUAAGAUUUAUUUGAGAUGUGACCUCAGAUAGAGAUGAGAUGUUGGAGAGAAGAUUCGUACAGCAAAGCAUGAGUAGUUUUCUAUGUCGCUAGGCCGAACCUUCCCCAACAACUGGUUCACUUUUUAAGCCCCAGACACUGCAUGCAACUGCUGGUUCCAGUACAUAUUUGGCUACAACAGUUUGUUCAAAUACGUCAAACGAAAGAGAAUCCAACUGUUUUGAGUUUAGACCCAAUUCUAGAUUAAAUAUGGUUCCUGCAGAUCUUAACCGCCAAAGAAGUGAACAAUAUAUGCAAACAGAAGGUCAGUGCCAAAAUCUGUCUCUUGCUUCACCUACCAUUAAAAGUGAGAUGGCCGUCUCAUCAAAUGAGUUGAGUCUAUCAGCACCCAUUCAGAUGGGUACUUCAGGGGCUACAGUGCCUCUCGAAGUUGAUGCAGAUGAUCUAAAGCAGAUAGGGAACCCAAGUACUGUGAUCCAGGCAACUCAUGCUGACCAUAAAGGAAGUGGGUCUUCUAUGUCAUCAGAUGAUGGAUAUAAUUGGCGUAAAUAUGGUCAAAAGCAUGUUAAAGGAAGUGAAUUCCCACGCAGUUAUUACAAAUGUACACAUCCUAAUUGUGAAGUGAAAAAGCUAUUUGAGCGUUCUCAUGAUGGACAGAUAACAGAGAUAAUAUACAAGGGAACUCAUGAUCAUCCUAAACCUCUACCAAGCCGUCGAUAUUCUGCUGGUACCAUCAUGUCCAUCCAAGAUGAAAGAUCUGACAAGCCUUCGUCCCUAACUGGUCGAGAUGACAAGUCACCUGGCAUGUAUGGUCAGAUGUCUCAGACCAUGGAGCCAAAUGGUGUAUCUGAUCUGUCGCCUGCAGCCACAAAUGAUGAUGGUGCAGAAGGGGCCGAGGGUGAUGAUGAUGAUCCAUUUUCGAAGAGGAGAAAGAUGGACACCAUGAUGGCUGAUGUCACUCCAGUGGUCAAGCCUAUCCGGGAACCACGUGUUGUUGUUCAGACACUAAGUGAGGUUGAUAUACUAGAUGAUGGAUAUAGGUGGCGCAAAUAUGGGCAGAAAGUGGUUAGAGGAAAUCCUAAUCCUAGGAGUUACUACAAGUGCACAAAUGCGGGAUGCCCAGUUAGAAAACAUGUGGAGAGGGCAUCACAUGAUCCAAAAGCGGUUAUAACAACUUAUGAGGGGAAGCACAAUCAUGAUGUACCUACGGCAAGAACUAGUAGCCAUGACACUGCUGGACCACCAGCUGGGGCUGGACCGUUGAGGAUGGUAGCUGAAGAAAGUGACACAAUUAGCCUUGACCUUGGGGUUGGGAUCAGUUCUGCUGCUGAGAAUAGAUCAAUUGAGCAGUCACAGGCACUGCAUUCUGAACUUGCCCAAGGCCAACCUCAUGCUAGCAGUUCCAAUUAUAAAAUAAUUCAAGCAAACCCAGUCACAACAUAUUAUGGUGUCUUAAACGGUGGCAUGAACCAGUAUGGAUCAAGAGAAAAUCCCAUUGAUGGCCGUAGAAUGGACAUUCCACAAUUGAAUCAUUCUUCUUACCCAUAUCCUCAAAACAUUGGAAGAAUACUAACGGGUCCCGAUUUCUUCUCAUGACGUGAUGAAAAAAAAAAAAAAAAAAAUUGCUCUGGUUUAUUUCCUUUUCUUCCUUUCAGCUGGUAAGAUAAAAAAAAAAAGGGGUAGAAUCCUGUUUGAAAGUAGAUUGUUCUAUAUGUGAUAGUUGUCUAUGAUGAUGAUAGUGUUUUGUUAACUGCCACAUCUGCAAAAUGCCUUCAGUAUUUAUAAUUAUUACAGUUGUAUUAACUUCUCAGAGCUCAAUGCUUUGUACAAAUGUGAAACUGAUACGGGUUUUAUUUUUCUUAAAAGAAAAACAGUAUUGUAAAACAGUUCUUGAAAUGGAAUUUGUAAGAAAAUGUGUUCUUUU